UCCGAAGCGGAGCGGCCGCGGAGGAGUCGGUGCGGCAGGUCCUGGCGGCCGAGAUUCGGGCGCAGAGGCCCGAGAGGCUGGCAGGGAGCGGCGGUAGCGCGGGGAGAGCGACGCCACGGGCUGGGCGCUCCCGGCGUGAGGCGUGCGCUCCAUGCGUGCGGGCCGAGUGCGGCCCCUGCGAGCCUCCGACAUGAAGAAAGACGUGCGGAUCCUGCUGGUGGGAGAACCUAGAGUUGGGAAGACAUCACUGAUUAUGUCGCUGGUCAGUGAAGAAUUUCCAGAAGAGGUUCCUCCCCGAGCAGAAGAAAUCACCAUUCCAGCUGAUGUCACCCCUGAAAGAGUUCCAACACACAUUGUUGAUUAUUCAGAAGCAGAACAGAGUGAUGAACAACUUCAUCAAGAAAUAUCACAGGCUAAUGUCAUCUGCAUAGUUUAUGCUGUUAACAACAAACAUUCUAUUGAUAAGGUAACAAGCCGAUGGAUUCCUCUCAUAAAUGAAAGAACAGACAAAGACAGCAGGCUGCCUUUGAUACUGGUUGGGAACAAAUCUGAUCUGGUGGAAUAUAGUAGUAUGGAGACCAUCCUUCCAAUUAUGAACCAGUAUACAGAAAUAGAGACCUGUGUGGAGUGUUCAGCAAAAAACCUAAAGAAUAUAUCAGAGCUGUUUUAUUAUGCACAGAAAGCUGUUCUUCAUCCUACAGGGCCUCUAUACUGCCCAGAGGAGAAAGAGAUGAAACCAGCUUGUAUAAAGGCCCUCACUCGUAUAUUUAAAAUAUCUGAUCAAGAUAAUGAUGGCACUCUGAAUGAUGCUGAGCUCAACUUCUUUCAGAGAAUUUGUUUCAACACUCCUUUAGCUCCGCAAGCGCUGGAAGAUGUCAAGAAUGUGGUUAGAAAGCACUUAAGUGAUGGUGUGGCUGACAGUGGGCUGACGCUCAGAGGUUUUCUCUUUUUACAUACACUUUUUAUCCAGAGGGGGAGGCAUGAGACUACUUGGACUGUGCUUCGACGAUUUGGUUAUGAUGAUGAUCUGGAUCUGACGCCUGAGUAUUUAUUCCCCCUGUAUGCUUGUGAGUGUUAUGUUACCUCUUUUGUGUGUUUUCAGGACAGAGACUGUGCUUUGUCGCCUGAUGAACUUAAAGAUUUAUUUCAAGUUUUUCCUUACAUACCUUGGGGACCAGAUGUAAAUAACACAGUUUGCACAAAUGAAAGAGGCUGGAUAACCUACCAGGGGUUCCUCUCCCAGUGGACGCUCACAACCUACUUAGAUGUGCAGCGUUGCCUGGAGUAUUUGGGAUAUCUAGGCUAUUCCAUACUGACGGAACAAGAAUCUCAAGCUUCAGCCAUUACAGUAACAAGAGAUAAAAAGAUUGACCUGCAGAAAAAACAAACUCAGAGAAAUGUGUUCAGGUGUAAUGUAAUUGGAGUGAAAGGCUGUGGGAAAACGGGAGUUCUUCAGUCUCUCCUUGGAAGAAACCUAAUGAGGCAGAAGAAAAUUCGUGAUGAUCAUAAGUCCUAUUAUGCAAUUAACACUGUCUAUGUAUAUGGACAAGAGAAAUACUUGUUGCUUCACGAUAUCUCAGAGGCGGAAUUUCUAACUGAGGCUGAGACCAUUUGUGAUGUUGUAUGCCUGGUAUAUGAUGUCACCAAUCCCAAAUCCUUUGAAUACUGUGCCAGAAUUUUUAAGCAACAUUUUAUGGACAGCAGAAUUCCCUGCUUAAUUGUAGCUGCAAAGUCAGACCUGCAUGAAGUCAAACAGGAACAUAGUAUCUCACCUACUGAUUUCUGCAGGAAACACAAAAUGCCUCCACCUCAAGCCUUCAGUUGCAAUACUGCCGAUGCCCCCAGUAAGGAUAUCUUUGUUAAGUUGACAACAAUGGCCAUGUACCCCCAUGCCCGGUUACGCUGCAUGUGCACCUGCAACAGGUGUACAUUUUGCAUCUGUCAGAACUUCCUCAACUCAGACUUGCUGCAAUCUGUAAAGAACAAAAUCUUCACUGCAGUUCUUAACAGGCACGUGACACAAGCUGACCUCAAGAGCUCAACAUUCUGGCUUCGAGCAAGCUUUGGUGCUACUGUCUUCGCAGUUGUGGGCUUUGCCAUGUACAAAGCACUAUUGAAACAGCGAUGAUUAAGAAAAAGCACUGGCCUACCAAAACACAUACUUUUAAUGUACAUUCUGAAUGCUUUAAAUUCUGCUAGAAAUAUUGAGAUAUUUAUACAUGCAGAGUUACUUUAUUAAUAUUUGUAAUUCAUGCAUAAGAGUAUUUUACUCAUAGUAAUGACUGCAGUAUUGACUGGCAUGUGGAAAGAAAACAUCUUAGUAGCCAAAUAUAAGUGGCUAAAUUUCAGAGGCCAAAAGGGAAUAUUUUGUAAAUAAUGUACAUAUUCAAGCAAGAUACGGUCUCCUGAACUGACUUCUAGAAAUGGUGUUUCCAGACAUUUCUACAGUAGUGGUCUAGUGUUCACUUGGCUCACCCUGCUAGGUUUCAGUCACCCAGAGAUUGUGUUUACUCAGGCAUCACGUAUUUAUUUCAAGGUGACUCAGAAUGAUCCUUUGGCUUCUGUAGCCGUUUCUCUCCAUUUUUAAGAUCACACAGGAGACGAGGUCAGCUUUCCAAAACCACUCUGUUUCCAUUCUGUCACUUAUGGUAGGCUGGCUUCAACGCCAUCAUGAAACCUAGAAAGUUGUGGAGCUGAGUAUGCGGCUGAAGGCCUGAGGCAGGAGCAGGUAGCGGAGGUUACCUGUGUCACCACAUUGCUUCUUUGUCAGAGUGUGGAUUUUAUAGCCCUUUCAAUCAAAUGGGGAAAACAGUUUGUAUAUUAUCAAUGUUUUUAGUUACAAUAAAGAAGCCGCCCUGCCCACUGCUGAAUCCCACCUGAAGUGAAACCGUGUCUAAUGGCCGUGUCUGUGUAGUUAUUGCCGUAGCUGCAUGUGUCAUGAUGUGUUCUGUAUCUGGCCAGGAUCACCUAGAGGCAACACUUUUUUAAUGGUAAAAUAAAUCUAAUGAAUAUAAA